GUUCAAAUUGAAAACGCACGCCCUGACUGAACUCCUCGCAUGGAGCCAUGUCGGGCAACCCCCACGGCACGCUGGGCGGCGCCCUGGGCGCCUUGGGCCGUCUUCGAACAAAAGGGAGGAGGUCGAGGCCUUUCACAACACAACGCGAUUUGUAACGGAAUUUGUUGGAUCUCACAAGGGCUGAAUCCUCGUCAUGCCUGUGGUUGGGAGCCGCUACGGUUGGUGGCGCUCGCGUUGCUGGUACGCCGCAGCCACACGAAGCCUCAGCAAGUUCCGACGGCUCGGCGGAUGCGUAUGCUGCAUCGACCCAAGGAGCAUUACGCCGGGAACACAGGGAGAGGUGGAAACCUGAAAUUCCUGGCGUCGCCGUGUGUUCCGACGGAGGACAACAAGGCCCAGCGCUCGGAUCGCUAUGGCUGGCUCCGAAAAGCAUUCAAGAACUGCAGGAGCAAAAAAUACCUGCUUCAACAGGUCAACAAAGCGGUCGAGCGUGGUGUCACCGAGAUUAGCCUCUACAGUGCAGCGAUGCAAGUCUGCGGCAACAUGUGUUGGUGGGAGACCUUCAUUGAAGUUCGUAACCUUCAGAAGGGAAUGGCGAGAUUGGAUGCCGUUGCUGCCUCAAUUGCCCUAACGGCUCUGGCUUGGUGUCUCAGGAAGAAUGGCCUUUGCGACGUCCGAGAGGAACGAAAGGAGCCGGCUCUGCGGAUGGCUCAAGAGAUUUGGCUGGAGGCAGCGGUCCUCACAAACCCAGUGGUGCUCACCAGUGGACUGAAGCUGUGCACCGAGCUGGACUGCCCAGCAGCAGAGCAGUGGGGCCGGAUGAUCUGGGCUCAGACUCAGGAUGCAGGACUGAAGAAGGGGGAGAUCAAUUUCUCAGCAUUCAUCACGAUGCUGGAGAAAUACCAGGAGUUCGAGGAGGUGGAUCAGAUGCUGGCCACCGACCACCACCUGACCUCUGUCCUCCUGGGUGCAUUGCUGGACUGCGCGGCUGGGCGCUGCGAUGCCAAGCGUGCGGAUGAGCUUUGGGAGAAGCUGGUGACAUCGGGGAAGGUAAAGCCCAUUGAAUCCUCUUACAAUGCUUAUUCCCGAGCACAUUUGAUGGCUGGCGAUCCGGAGGCUGCAAUGGCAAAGACCGAAGAGAUGCUAAAACUGAAGAGGGGUAAAUUGACUUGGAUCAACGCCAAAGACUAUGCCCAGGCUCUCUUGAUCCUCUACCACUCGAUGCCAGCGAAUGCAACCAAGGCACACCUUAAGGGUUUCCUUGCAACAGCCCAAAGCCAUUUUGCCAAAGAGGGCCUCUCGGCGGCCCCGGUUGCAGCAGUCAAGGCUGGGAGGGCAAACAGAGUGUUUGGAGCAAUGCUCAGGCAUUUAUUGGUCAGUAGCAAGUAGAAGUCAUCACUGAAGCAGGUACGUCACAGUGAUCAGCCAUGAUAUCCGCAGUGGACCUUCGCGCGCAGUACAUGGAUUGUCCCCCUGCUUGUGAACAUCAAAAACCAACAGGUUACCUGUGACUCCAAGGUGUACACACACACACACAUACGUACCUGUGGAAGAGGAGUGGGAAGAGCUUCGCAGCAGGGCGAAAGACCUGCUGAAGCUGUCCUCGCAGCAACACGUGCGCCUGCAAGACUUGCUUGUGACGCAGCUCAGCAAGGACCUGGCUAGGAUAGAGUUUGAGGACAUGCCCCCGUUUUGAAAUAGGCAUCCUCAAAAGCACAAUUGAGCAUGGAAAGUCUAUCAGCAUCACACUGUAUCAUUGAACGCAAGAAACCGCGUAGUGUCUCACGCUAGUCCAGACAUGAACCCAAGAUUUUGCUGCAUAUGAAACAGUGAACAGAGCCAUCAUGAGGUGGAAGGCGAAGUACAAGAGUCGGAUGUCUUCUUGGCCAAACUUCCGCUUUGGCAGCAAUUACCUGCCACUUGGUCAGAGCCACGUCUCUACGUCUUUUCAGCGAUGGCGCUGUAGGACAGGACAUGGGCGACCGCCUCAAGGAAAAAGGUGCCUAGUGCAGGGAGGACGAGCAGAACUGCUUGAUUUUUCUUGUGUCAAGAAUUCCCGUUGCUGUUGCUUUUCAAACCAUCUUCAAUGACAUGCA